AUGCCGGUCCUGAGCCUCCCGCCGCUCCCACCCGUUACUCCUUCCCAGCAGCCCCAGCGUCCAAGCCAGCAAGCUCCGCUGCGUAGCAUUCCCGCGCUCCCCAUGCGCGGCCCGAGCGAGGCCGAGGCGGACGAGGCGGACCACGACAACUCGAUGCUGGACGAGGACGACGAGGACGAGGAGGUCGACGACGACAUGGACGCGAGCCCGGGGGCGGGUGCUAAUAGGAACGCUGAUGCGGAGGGCGCUGGGAGCGACGACGAAAUGGAAGACAGCACGGAAAUGGGAUCGGCUGAAACGCCUCGGUCACGUGGCGAUCGCGCAGGCGGGCUUCCUGAGAUCGAAGCGUCGCGUCUGCAGACGGAAGUCACCGAAUCGCUUCGGGGCACCGUGUAUUUCACCCCAAAGCCGGAGGGCCAGUCCACCCCCCGCCUCCGCCCCGGCUCGUCCUCCUCCGCCGCGACAGACUACUUCACCUCCAAGCGGCCAGACAAGCAGGCCGACCGCGCCGACUCACCCGUGCGCACCCCCCGCCCCGCCGACUUCUUCGGCUCGCCCGCCCUGCGUACUGCGGCGCUGGGGCAUGCACAACAUAUCGCAGCUAUGCCACCAGGCUCCCCCGGACGUCCGGGACUGUACCAUCUUGGCUCGCGCAGCAUGGUCGACCUCCUCUCGAUGGCGAAGAAAGGCAAACAGACAGCCACGUCGCCAUCGAUGGUGGCGGACGCACUGGCGGAGCGCAGGAGCAAACCACUGCCCGGUGCGCCGCCAGCACAGGAGAAUGACGAGAGCACGCCCAAGCCAUCGACUGAACCGCAAGACAUUCUUCCGACGACACCGACAUUGCGCCGACAACGGUCUUUGCCUCUGUACAAAGUAUCUUCCGAUCCACCACCUUAUCCUUCCUUUCAUCCUCGUAAACCAGGUCCUGCCGUGCAACCGAGGGACGAGGAGGGCAUGGAGCGCCUGCCCCCGUAUUCGAACUCCAUCUACCUCACUGCGGUCAUGCCUCGCAAGGUGGAGUUCACUUCGCCGGGCGUGCAGGCGAAAGACCGUAAAUGGCGGCGCGUGCUCUGCGUGCUCGAGGGUACCGCGUUCAAGGUGUACAAGUGCCCGCCCAGCAUCGCGGGUGUCAGCGCGAUCGAGUCGUGGUGGGAAAAGAAGGUCGGCGUGGGCGACAUCACUGUCGUGAACACGGGCGCAGUGACACAGUCGGGGAUCAGGGUGAGUGCUGUCCGGGGACGUGCAGAUAGCGAGCGGACGGGGAAGGAGGAUACGGACCCCGCGAGCCCAGAUCCGAACGCGAGGGAGAGUGAGCCCCCUCCACCGGCACAGCAGACUCCUCCACCGACGCGGUCGAAGCUCCGCCUGCCGGGAAGCCUUUUGCACCCUAAUCGGUCGAAUAAUAGCUCCAAGGGGAGCUCGACGCCAAGUCGUCUGAGCGUGUCGAGCAGCCAGUCUAGUACCUCAUCUCAGACGCAAAGGCGCCGGAGUAUGGAGCCGUCACAAGACGACCACUCGUCGAUAUCUGCCGUCGCGCGCGCGUCGAGCGACACGCCGUCUCGUCGGACAAGUUUCGUGUCAUCGAACGCGACCUCCCCACGGAGUGCCACGUCCAACCGGUCAUCCGCGACCUCCCCGCCCGCGAGCGACAGCUCGUCCUUCUUCCGUUCGCGCAUCCUGCACGCUUCGCCGCCCGCCGACGCAGGCCCGAAGCAGCCGCCGGAGCCGAGCGAGAGGGAUAUGAUCCGGAAGUACACGCUGCAGCAGGCAGAGAGCGGAUUGGCGAGCGACUAUGGGAAGCGCAAGAACGUGAUUCGGGUGCGGAUGGAGGGAGAGCAGUUCUUGCUCCAGGCGCCGGAUGUGGCGGCGGUGAUUGAUUGGAUCGAGGGCAUUCAAGCUGCGACGAACAUUUCUCUUGACUUAGACGAGCGGUCAAUGCCCAAGGGCCCGAUGUUUCCGAGGUACGUUUGGCUGCAGUAG